UGCACAAACGAGAUGGACGAGCAUUUACUCAUAAUUGUGUUUCAGAUUAAUUUUUACAUGGAGAAGUAUGUACUCUGUUAUCCAGAUUUUGCUAAAUUUGUUCCAAAAAAGGACCAAGGUUUGGUGUGGUUGAUCAAGGUGUUUAGGUUCUGUGAAGUGAAUCAGAUUUUUGCCUAUAGUCGAUUUGCUCACUCUUAUCAUCGCGAAUUCCAGAUAAGAUUUCUUAAGUAUGCUUACGCUCUGAUCUGCGACAAAGGCCGUCUAGUGGCUAAAGAAGAACAUUUCAAUAUGUAUCUGUAUGCGUCCCUAUUCAAAGCACUCUACGAACGAGAUAAUCUGGAUCGAAUGCAGAUCUGUCAGCGGGUAUCUGAUGUCUAUUCUGAUUUGUACAGCCGAUGCUACGUACCGCACGUUUCGAAGCGACAGCGAAAAAUCAGCGAGCGGUGUUCGGGCACAUCUACACCGUUGUUGAAGUUUCCUUCGAUGUUCCAACGGUUCUCACGUCACUGUGACAGUUUUGCCGAGUUCGUCGGGAGUUCCAUAGUGAGUUUAGAGACUUGUGCAAGAUUCGCUGCUUUAGUUACUGCUCGGGAGCUGUUGACGAGCACCCUUGUGGGCGUGGUUUCGAAUAUCCAUUCGGAUUCGGAGCUGCCCUCUCUGGUUCUCAAAACGCGUCUGGUUCUUCAGAACUUCUCAGUUGCUGCGAUUAAGCUCUGGAAGCAAAUUGAACAAGUCAAAAGAGCCGAUCGAAUAUCAGCUCAUGUUUCUCAUGCUUGCUGUCCGCAUAAUAAUAUCCACAUCUGCGAUCUCAACAACGAUCGGAAGUUCAGGUCACUGGCAAAUCGUGCUUGGCGAAGUUUCUAUGCAGAGCUUUGCCUCCUGGUACUAGUGCUUUUCAAUACCUUCCUGCUCGCAGGACUGCUCCUUAAGACGAAACGAAGCCUUUCAACUGCCACGGUUCUUUUCGUAUUCAAUAUCAUGUUUUCUAACUUGCUUUUCUUUUCUUCCUUCGUCUUUUUCAUGGGCGCUGUCUUUGAUGACCGGCCAUAUGGAAGUGUUAAUGAAGAUUAUGUGGACAAAUCUCCAGAACUGAUCGUUGCGGAAUCGCUUCAAACUCAUCUUUUUGCAUCGAGCGAAUUCCGAAAACAUCUUAUCCAAGAGACACUGUACUCCUUGGCUCAAAACGGCAGCCUAAUAGGACUGAUCCAUCUUUUGGUCCUCGUUCUGCUGGUAAUCAAUCGUUCGAUGGCUGGCAAGUCCAUUCAUUUGUCUCGAGUGUCCGUCGUGUCCGUGUUCGCCUGCGUUUGGGUGUUCCUAAUCAUGACCCAUGUGCUAUUCUCAACCCUACAGAUUAACGCAAUCAAGAAUCUUGACGAGCUGUUUUCAACACUGGCAAAAGGAAAGACGUACCUUCAAUGUGAAAUAACUCCGCGGUCGAACUAUGAAGAGAUUGCCACACAGUGCGACAGAACAGCCGUUUUCCAUGCAUUUGGUGCCUAUUUGCUACGCGGUCAUACAUUGUUCACUCUGCUUUUUCUCUUUGCUUCCAUCAUGAUUUUCACAGUGACUGUAGCCUAUCAUUGCCGUAUACGCAGACAACAUGACUUCAUUCACAGUGGAUUACGGGAUCAAUCUCCCCAUCGCCGUCGCGAGAAGCUCUUCCAUACGCUGAUCUUCUCUAUUGCUACAUUCUUUGUGUCAGUGCUCGGCCAAACUUAUAUAGAGAUCGCCGUGUUUUGGGUAGACGACCGAGAGGAAGUGGCAAAUCUUUCGAAAUGGUACCAUGUUGCACGCAUAGCUGCUUUUGUCGAUCCAGUUUUGAAUCCACUAAUCGUUGUCGCUCGAACGCCGGCUCUUAGGAGACAGCUUCGAGCUCAAUGGACAUCUCUUCGGUCACACGCUUCUUCGCGAACAACGAAGUCUCGACGAAGUGGUAGUGAAAGGGCAUCAAUACGUCGAACCAACUCACAGCGACACGCACAUGACGUUGAAGUGAAGCUAGUCAAGCCAGAUCGACCGGUGACGUGUUCAUUUCGACGAAGUCAAGAUUCUCAAACCCAUAAUUCUGUUGUAUAA